AAAAAGCAUUUGAGCACCAGAGGAUCUCAUCAGCUAAACUCUGCUCACAUCAUCUGAAUGCAGGACACACCAACCUAUUAUUCACUGCACCAAUUCUGGUAAUAGCAGUGAGUAGUCAUAUAUAGCAGUAGCAAAAUAUAAAUGCAGUAAUAUGUGUAAACAUGGUGGCUAAAUGCAGGGUGUCGAGUGUAGGAGUGCAAUAAUUCACAAGAUAAUCUGCAGUCAAUUUCAUGCUAGUGAGGUGUUACGUGAGGUGAUGUUUAUUUAGCACUUUUGGAAGGAGUCUCCAGUGUCAGCGCUUCAAAACGGUCCGAGUUAAAAGCUGCAAAUGGAACUGACAGUCUUCAGGACAAAGUUCUUUGUGUUACCUACUGUAUAUAUUACUGUAUAUCAUAGUAAGUCUUUGUGUGUGUAUUUUAUGUAGAAUGUUGUGCCAACGUGAUUAAUACUCAUUCUGCAACAGUGCGUCCUGGCAUAAAUGCCCACAUGCCCCUUCCAGAUGCCCAGAUGGUUCAAAAAUAAAUCAAACCACACUGCAGUGUGCAGAUUAUCUUUAGCUGCUCUGUCUGGCAUCUUGAUUCGAUCUGUCUGGUCAAUCUCAGCACUCUGUAAGUAGGAUUUGCUUUAUAAAUGUGUGUGUGUGUGUGUGUGUGUAUUUGUGUGGUCUUUGUUACAGGCCAGCUUGACAUCAUCAGAGGGUGAGAUUAGACUCCAGAUCCGGGCUGUAGAAACUGGUCACAUUCAUUGCUUGGGAUUGAUUAUUGAGAAGGCUCCAUAGACUGCCAGUCUCGUGUGCAGUUUAACAGCGUCUGAAAGCAGCUUUUCCGCUCAUCACUUGCUCCACCAAGUCCGACUGCAGUCCUUCACCUCUCACCGUCUCACCAAUGUCAACCGCCACUCAACCCUGGCACCUGAAUGGAGGUGUUGGUUUCCCAUUCAAUGAAGAGAGAGUCAUAUCAGGUGGGGUGAACAGGAAUUCGGCAAUCAUCGGAGGCAUUAUUGCUGUGGUGAUCUUCAGCAUCUUGUGCACUCUGGUGUUCCUGAUUCGUUACAUGAUUCGACACAAGAGAACGCACCACACCAAUGAGUCCAAAGAAGAAGAGCACUCCGAGUCAGCUGACACGGCUAUCAUCGGCACUGAGCCCAAUUUCACAGAGACCAUCGACGAGAGCAAGAAGGAAUGGUUCAUCUAACAGAAUGAUCUAAAUAAGGAUCAAAAUAUACCCCCCCUCCCAUCUUUCACCCUACUGUAUGUGUACCUGUCUGUUUCUCUCUCUCUAUUCCUCCCUCUCUGUCUCUCUGUCUCCCCCUGUCAGGGAGUCCAGCUUCAGUGUUUUCUAAAAGUGCAGCUGUUUAAGCAUGAUAGAGCCAACGGGGGUGGAUGAGUACGAGGACCGCAGUGGGAUCAAUGACCGCAGGCCUGGCCGUCUUCUGAUUCAGAUUUUAUUGGGAAAAUAUUGAGCCUGAAGAUUUGAUGAGUGGGAAUGUGAGAUGGAAGAAGAAAAAAACACAUGCACCCUCUGUCAUGGAACUAAUCCAAAUCUUCUCUGACCUCAUUCGACCUCUAGCUACAAAAUCAAAUCCAGAGGCCAUCCUUAGCUGCAGU